AUGACGACAGAUCUCAAAACGUUGCAAGCGCAACGCGAUGCGAUAAAAGGUCAAUUGAACUCAUUUGAUACGUUUUUGUCUACUUUCAAUAAAGAGACUGAUUUGAUUCAAUUACAAUUACGCCUACAAAGACUAAUGACUGUUUUCGAAAAGUUCGACUCGAUAUGCGACAAUCUAGACGUGUUAGAUGACUCGGUUGAUACUUUCGCGACAAACAAUACGUUGUCAAAUCAACCGACUCAACAUAAUAGCUCUGGAAAUUCGGUCGUGACUAAUUCUGGAACAGAUGGCAGACAAAGCACUUCGAGUGCCGCGAAACAUAAGUUGAAACUUCCGAGCAUAACUGUUCCUCCGUUUGACGGAAAAGUCGAGAAUUGGUUGUCGUUCAAAAAUGCAUUUACUGAACACAUUCACAAACGCGAUGAUCUUACUGAUCUCGGAAGAUAUCAGUGCCUGCAAUCGGCAUUACAAGGCGAAGUCAAGGAAAAACUCAAACUCUUUCCGGUAUCCGCAGAUAACUACGCGAAAGCUUGGACGCAUUUAGAAAAAGUUUAUGGCAACUGGCGCUUACAAAUAUCUCGACAUUUGACAAUUUUACUGAGCUUGCCUAAACAAGAUGUUAAAAAUCCCAAAAGUCUCGAAAUUCUUGCUGAUAAGGCGAUUUUGAACUAUGAGUCAUUGAAAAGCUUAGGCGUCACUAUAUCGCAAGAAAUAAUCGUUCAGAUCUUACAGGAAAGGCUUUUAACAGAUACAAAAUACGAUUGGGACAAAUCAUUAAAACGCGAUGAAUUUCCGACGCUUGAUGCUUUGACUGAAUACAUGUACCAACGCGCCGCUUUACAAUCGUUAUCGAGUUAUGAAACUCCUUCCGAGUCGACAGACGAAACAGGUCCUCCCGCAAAAGUUCGCAAACCCGAUAAUAAGACCGAUAACAAAAAGGGAGCACACGCGUUCAAUACAACAAAUAAAAAAUGUUUAACGUGCUCCGGCGAUUGGCACCCAUUGUAUCAAUGCAAAAUAUUUAACGAUAUGUCAAUUAAUGAAAAAUCUAAGUUCGUCAAAAAGGAAAAAUUGUGCGUCAAUUGUUUGAAAAACCACGGUAAAUCGCCAUGUAGAUUCGGAGGUUGCAAAACGUGUGGUAAAAAACACAAUACUUUAUUACACUUUCCGAAAAAGAAUGAAACCCAAUGCGACGAGAAUUCCGAAAAAUCGGCAUGA